AUGUUGUUCAAUCUUGUCAUACUAGUGUCUCUUUUCUUAGUUGGUAUUGCACCAGCUUCUUGUGAAGUUGAUGCAUUCAUUUACAAUGGAUUCCAAUCAAAGAAUCUUAGCUUGGAUGGCAUAGCAGAGUUUACGCCCAAUGGCCUUUUGCUGUUAACAGAUUCUGAAACUCAGGAUCAGGGCCAUGCUUUCUAUCCGAAUCCAAUUCAUUUCAAGAAUUCAACUAAUGGUACUGUAGUAUCAUUCUCCACAACAUUUGUGUUUGCCAUAAGGUCUGAUUAUGGAAUUUUGAGUGGUCAUGGACUGGUUUUUGUUAUCGCGCCACAGAGAAGAAUUCAAGGAGCUUUGGCAUACCACUAUCUUGGCCUUUUUAACUCAACUAAUAAUGGGGAUAGAUCAAACCAUGUUGUUGGAGUUGAGCUCGAUACAAUCUACAGCGAAGAAUUUGGUGAUAUCAAUGCCAAUCAUGUUGGAAUUGAUAUAAAUGGAUUAAGGUCUGUAGCAGUUGAAACAGCAGGUUAUUUUGAUAAUACUGGCUUGUUUCAUAAUUUGACUUUGAUAAGUGGUCAGCCAAUGCAAGUUUGGGUGGAUUAUGAUGGCAGCACUAUGCAAAUUAAUGUAACAGUAGCUCCAUUACAUGUGGAAAAACCAGUUAAUCCACUUUUGUCUUUGAAAACUGAUCUUUCGCCGAUUCUUGAUCAGACCAUGUAUGUUGGUUUUUCAUCAUCAAUUGGUUCAGUCCCAACACAUCAUUAUAUCUUGGGAUGGAGCUUCAAGAUAAAUGGGAAAGCUCAAGAACUCUCUCAACUUCCUAAUCUUCCUCGUCUUGGACGCAAAGGGACAUCAAGAUUUGUAAAGAUUGGUUUGCCAUUAAUCUCUUUGGUUUUACUUGUUGUAGCAACCUCAAUGGUGGUUUAUUAUGUACGAAGGAAGAAGUAUGAAGAACUUCUUGAAGAUUGGGAACGCGAGUACAGACCACAGAGGUUCAUGUACAAAGAUUUGUACACUGCCACUAAAGGAUUCAGAGAAAAGGAGCUGUUGGGAGGGGGAGGAUUCGGAAAAGUUUACAAAGGAGUGAUGCCUAUCACCAAUCUUGAGAUAGCUGUAAAGAAGAUAUCUCAUGAAUCAAGACAAGGGAUGAAGGAAUUUGUUUCGGAGAUUGUGAUCAUAGGUCGUCUACAACACCGGAAUGUAGUACCACUUUUGGGUUAUUGUAGGCGGAAAGGAGAGUUACUUUUGGUUUAUGAAUACAUGUCUGGUGGAAGUCUAGACAAGUAUUUAUACAACAAACCAAGAUUCACCCUUGAUUGGAGCCAAAGAUUCAGAGUUAUUAGAGGUGUAGCAUCAGGACUAUUUUUCCUACACGAAGAAUGUGACCAUGUAGUGGUUCAUAGGGACAUUAAGGCCAGUAAUGUGUUGUUGGAUGGUGAACUAAAUGGUAGGCUAGGAGACUUUGGACUUGCGAGGCUAUAUAGUCAUGGUACCGAUCCUCAGUCUACUCGUGUCGUUGGUACUCUUGGUUACCUUGCACCAGAGCAUACUAGAACUGGCAGGGCAACGCCUAGUAGUGAUGUAUUUUCUUUUGGUGCUUUUCUGCUUGAAGUUGCCUGUGGUAGGAGGCCAAUAGAGCCAAGACAAGACGAUGAUGAUCUGAUUUUAGUCGAUUGGGUGUUCUCUUGCUGGAAUAGGGGUAAUAUUCUUGAGGCUGUUGAUCCAAACAUAGGGAUUGAUUUUGUUCCAGGGAAAGUGGAGUUGGUCUUAAAGCUAGGCUUGAUCUGCUCUCAUUCAGAGCCCUCGUAUAGGCCAACCAUGCGACAAAUCUUGUUGUUCUUAGAUGGUGUUGUGGCCUUACCAGAGUUAUCAUCACUCGGUAUUUCAUCAGCUGGCCUAACGUUUGACCAUCAUGGAGGUUUUGAUGAUUUUGUCACGUCCUAUUCAUCUUCAAUUAAUGCACAUUCCCGCUCUCCAUCUGUAACAGACUCCUUUCUCUCUGGUGGCCGAUGA